UUAUAUGAGCCAAAUGAAUGCACGCCUUUCAUCGGUGACCAAAGUGUGAUCCAUCCACAAGUGGAAAACCGAUCCCUUUCCUCACAGUAAUGCUACUCUAAUUAACACUGUCUAUCUAGAGUGUUUGUCCGAUCCAUGACCCAUGGCGCCAGCAACUCCAAGAUUUGUUGUGCCAAUAGACUUGAAGAAGAAUCCAUGGGAACAAAACGCUCCUCUCCAUAACCGAUGGCACCCUCACAUACCGCACGUGGCGGCUGUUAAUACCGGUGAAGUCUUCAGGGUAGAGAUGGUAGAUUGGACAGGAGGUGCUAUUAAAGACAACGAUUCAGCACUAGACAUAAAAUUUCUAGACCUCUCAACUGUCCAUUAUCUUAGUGGGCCAAUCAGAAUUCUGGAUAAUGAUGGGGUCCCAGCCCAGCCUGGAGAUCUGCUUGCUGUUGAAAUAUGCAACUUAGGUCCUCUACCAGGAGAUGAAUGGGGUUUUACAGCAACAUUUGACAGAGAAAAUGGUGGUGGCUUCUUGACAGACCAUUUUCCUUGUGCCACAAAAGCUAUAUGGUACUUUGAGGGAAUAUAUGCUCAUUCGCCUCAGAUACCAGGAGUACGAUUUCCAGGUUUAACACACCCCGGGAUAAUUGGAACUGCACCAUCGAUGGAACUCCUGAACAUAUGGAAUGAAAGGGAGAGAGAUGUGGAAGAAAAUGGCAUUAAGUCUUUCAAACUUUGUGAGGUCUUGCAUUCACGACCCUUGGCAAGCUUACCCUUAACAAAAAGUUGUCUCCUUGGAAAGAUUCGAAAAGGCACUAGUGAAUGGGAUAAGAUUGCAAAGGAAGCCGCAAGAACAAUACCAGGACGAGAAAACGGUGGAAAUUGUGACAUAAAAAACCUUAGCAGAGGUGCCAAGGUAUACCUUCCAGUUUUUGUAGAAGGAGCAAAUCUCAGCACUGGAGACAUGCAUUUUUCACAGGGUGAUGGCGAGGUCUCAUUUUGUGGUGCAAUAGAGAUGAGUGGUUUCCUAGAACUCAAGUGUGAAAUUAUAAGGGGUGGAAUGAAAGAGUACCUUACACCAAUGGGGCCAACUCCCCUUCAUGUCAACCCAAUAUUUGAGAUAGGUCCUGUUGAACCAAGAUUCUCAGAGUGGUUGGUUUUUGAGGGCAUCAGUGUUGAUGAAAGUGGGAGGCAACACUACCUAGAUGCAAGUGUUGCAUACAAACGAGCAGUGCUCAAUGCCAUUGACUACAUAUCCAAGUUUGGAUACUCCAAAGAACAGGUGUACCUCCUUCUGUCUUGCAUCCCUUGUGAAGGAAGAAUAUCUGGAAUAGUCGAUGCCCCCAAUGCUGUAGCAACUCUGGCCAUUCCAACAACUAUAUUUGACCAGGAUAUUCGUCCUAAAAAUAACAAGGUGCCAGUUGGACCCCGCCUUGUAAGGAAACCAGAUGUCUUCAAAUGCACUUAUGACGGGAACUUGCCCAUUACAAGGAAUCCAAGUGCCACGUCAUGAUUCAUAUGAAUUGCACAACAUAAAAUUAAGUAAUUGAAUACACGUGGUUAAUGUAAUGGAAUUAAAAUUGAAUCGUUCGAGUAUUACCGAGUUUAAUCUUUAGCAAAAAUAAUUUUUAAUCAGAUUUUACUUA